AUGGCGUCUCUGAAGGCGCGUGUAGAGGAGGUGAAGCGAGGCGAUGCGGCCAAGAAUGGGCUUCUUGAUGAGCUGGUGGCGCAGGUUGAUCAACUUGUCAAGGAGCGAGAUGCUGCGAAAGGCGAGCUUGGCAUGGCCCAAGAUACUGCCAGAACAUACUAUCAACGAAUGGUCCAAGCCGAGUCAGAGAAGUCUCAUAUACAGACAUCCAUGGAUUGCGACCGAUUCGUCCUUGUCCUCAUCGACGGGGAUGGCAUGCCGUUUCUUGACGAAUUCGUCUCGAGAGGUCUGGAAGGUGGCGAGGAUGCCGGCAAACAUCUCCGCACCGCUGUCCUCAACUAUUACCAAACCCAUGCCAAAUACCAUGCUGAUGACCGUGUCGUGAUGCGGAUCUAUGCAAACGCCAAAGGGCUGGGCCGGACCUCCAAGGCUGCCAAGAUCAUUCCUGACGAAUCUGUUUUUGAUCAAUUCAUGAUCGGGUUCAAUAGAAGUCAUCCUCUAUCCGACUUUAUCGAUGCAGGCCAUCACAAAGAAGCUGCGGACUCAAAGCUGAAAGCAAACUUCGAACUCUACUAUCGAAAUCAUCAUUGUCAGCAUAUCAUCUUCGGCGGCUCUGCGGACAACAGCUACGCCGGCUUUCUGAGUCCCUACUCCCUCCCGAAUGCCAUCAAUGACCGCAUCACAUUACUUGAAGGUCCACCCUUCCCGUAUGACCUUAGAAAAGUCGCUCAAGGUUUUCGACAGGUCGCCUUUCGCGGCAUUUUCAGGACCACCAAGAUCCAAACCAUGCCGAACGGUGGUCAGGUUGUCGGAACAAAGAGACCUGCUGCUGAUGCACUCGCAUCCACGAGGGCUCGGCCACCUCCACAGUCCACAUCUGCCGGUGCCACGCCUCCUAAGCAACAGGCCAGCCAGCUGUCUCAGCAAGCGCAGAAAGGCCCCUUCACUCCGCCGCCUUACAUCUACCAGAAUCAAUACGGUCAGCGACUCGACGUCCCACUGGAUAUCGACAAAGAGUAUCUGAAGGAGCUGUAUACCAAGAACACCAGGCUCUGCAACAAUUUCUAUCUGAAAGGAUACUGCCAGUUCGGCGACAAAUGCGAAUGGGAUCACACCCAGCAUCUUACCCAGCGACAACUCGACACAUUCAGACACAAAGCCAGAACAUCCAGCUGUCGGAACCCAUUCUGCCAAGAUCCUACCUGUUGCCUCGGCCACAUGUGUCCUAGAGGGCCCUCCUGCGACAUCUCUAUCUGCAAAUUUCUUCCCGAGAUGCACAACAUUGAUUGCAGAGAGGUCUACCGGUUCAACCCUGAGACAGGCGAGAGAAAGAGGAUUGAGAUGCCUGGCUAG